ACCGGUUUGUCGGGGCCAGCGCAGGACACCUCCCUCGGCACACCGGCCUGGGGCCCUUUCCUUUGGCCGAAGAGGAAGAGGAGCCCCGCGCAGCAAUGAAGGGCCCGAGCCGCCUGCUCCGCGCCAGGGAGGAUGCUGCCCAGGGAGCUGUGGCAGCGAGCCACGACGGCCUACUGCCAGAUGAGAGAGAAUUUCAACAUGCUGCUAAAAUGAACAAUUUGGAUACGAUGGAAAAGCUGUUUAAAAAGAAUGUUAACAUAAAUGCUGUAGAUACUCUGAAGCGCACAGCGUUCCAUUUUGCUGUUGCGGGAGGCCAUGUGUCCGUGGUGGACUUUCUUCUUCAUCACAAAGCUAGACUUGACAUGGCAGAUCAGCAUGGCCUGACAGUGAUUCAUCUUGCAGCCUGGACUGGAAAUCUGGAUAUAAUGCGAAAAUUAGUUAAAGCAGGUGCUGAUCAAAAGGCUAAGAAUGAGGAAGGAAUGAACGUACUGCAUUUUGCAGCUCAGAGCAACAGCAUUAAAAUAGUUGAUUAUUUCCUCCAAGAUCUUCAUCUGAAUGACUUGAACAAACCUGAUGGGAAAGGCAAAAAGCCAUUUCUUCUGGCCUCUGAAAAAGGCCAUGUUGACAUGAUAAAAAAUUUGAUUGCUCUGAAGCUAUUUACAUCUGAAAAAGAUGAGGAAGGAAACACAGCUUUGCAUUUAGCAGCCAAAAAUGGUCACAGUGAAGUUGUAGAAAUUCUGCUUGAACAAUGGGAGGAAAUAAAUGACCUCAACCAGAAUGGAGAAACUCCAUUUUACUUGGCCGUUGAGGGAGGUCAUGAAAAAUGUGCUGAACUCUUACUGGAUGCAGGGAGUGACAUCAAUGUUUCAACUCAGAACCACAGCAAUGCUUUGCAGGUUGCAAUUCAGAAUGGACAUCUAUCCUUGGUUACUUUUCUUAUUGAUAAGAAUAUUGACCUGGUUCCUAAACCUGAGCAGAAGAAUUCCCCUCUCCAUUUAGCAGUCCUCAGUAAUAGUCUACUGGUAGUAAAAAGCCUUUUGAAUGCCAAUCACGACAUAAACUCCUUAAAUCACAGGCAGGAGACCCCUCUACAUCUGGCAGCUGAUCUUGGCAAUGUGGAGUUGGUGGAAGUGCUGCUGAAGUCAGGCUGCAAUCUCAAGACCAUGGAUAAGCAUGGGAAAACUGCACUAGCCACAGCAUCAAGGAGCCAUCAUGCCCUCAUUGUAGAUAUGAUCAUUAAAGCAGAAAGGUAUUUUGCCAUGAAACAGACACAUCUAGCUCAUAGUGGUAAUGGCUCAGACUUCAGUGUGUCCUUCAAACAAGAUCACAGCACACAGACCAAGCAAAUCCGUUCCUCCCUUUGGAAUCUAGCAUACAACCAGUUAAAACCCCGUGAAUGGAAAAAACUGGCUGUUUUCUGGAAGUUCACAGAUGAACAAAUUAAAGCUAUUGAAGAACAGUGGACAGGGAAAAAAAGUUACAAGGAACAUGGGAACAGAAUGUUGCUAAUCUGGUUACACGGCACAUUGCUGGCUCAUCAGAAUCCUGUUAAACAUCUGUAUGAAGAUCUGGUGGAAGCAGGACUUCAGCCUUUAGCUGGUUGCUGCACCAGCAUGAUUAUGUUCCCACUGCUACGGAUUGUCUCAGUCUGAGAGAGUGAUUUCAUUGUAUCUGUAAGCAUGCGCAGCACUUCCCUGUGUGGCUGCACAGGUUUUACAGGUAUGCUGCUGAUAAAAAUAGACUGGUGUUUCCUGUUCUGGCAUGGAAUUACAACUACAUACAGAACCUGAGAGAUUUGCUUGCCCUUUUCACGUUCAAAAGCAGGAUUAAGAAAGAAGGGAGAGCUGUCUGAGAAAAGCUGAUUCAUGGCACACUGAGAUUCCAGAGUACAAAGGAAUUUUCACGAUUUUGUCUUCACUGCUCCAUAACCUGGUGUUUUAAGAAGUUUGCCACCUUUGACUUCCUUUCCUGCCUUCAGCUGCAGUCUACCACUCUCCCAGCAAUGUGGGAUGAAGAGAACAUGUUCCUCCUUUCAGCUACAGCUGUAUGAAGUCCAGCAUCAGAGUACUUCUCAACAUGUUCAACAGGACAUUUUAAAGCAAUAAAAGUUUAAUAAAGUUGUAUUGCCAAAAAUUCUCAAAUUUAAAAAAAAAGAAAAAGGAACUCCAUUAAAACAAACAAAAAAUCCCAAGCAAAUCCAACAAAAAUGCACACAUACUACCAGAUUAAACCUG